GCCACUGGCCAGUCAAGUCAGUAGUUUUUUUUGACGGGCUCGUUAAAGUUAAGUUACGGUUGUUUCUUCAUUAUAGUUAAUUAAAGUAGUUAAAUACUUGCAAGUGUUCUUAAUUAUUCCGUAGUCUUUAAGCGCCACAAAUAUCGAUGUAUACUAAUAUGCAGGGAUAGCGAACCUCGCUUAAUCGUUUAUUAGCCUUUAUUGCAUUGCAGUGAUACGUUUUUUUUUUGUAAUUCAUUAAAAUGACUGAAUACAAACUUGUAGUUGUGGGAGCAGGAGGUGUCGGUAAAUCGGCGUUGACGAUUCAACUGAUACAAAACCAUUUCGUGGACGAGUACGAUCCGACUAUCGAAGACUCAUAUCGUAAACAAGUAGUUAUAGAUGGUGAGACAUGUCUAUUAGAUAUAUUAGAUACGGCCGGUCAAGAAGAGUACAGUGCUAUGAGGGAUCAGUAUAUGAGAACAGGCGAGGGGUUUUUACUAGUUUUCGCCGUUAAUUCCGCCAAGAGUUUUGAAGAUAUAGGAACUUAUAGAGAACAAAUUAAAAGGGUGAAAGAUGCAGAGGAAGUGCCAAUGGUUCUUGUUGGGAAUAAGUGCGACUUAUCAUCUACGUCGUGGGCCGUUGAUAUGGCUCAAGCAAGAGAGGUCGCUAAACAGUACGGCAUACCGUUUGUGGAAACUUCGGCGAAGACUAGAAUGGGUGUAGAUGAUGCCUUUUAUACAUUAGUUCGAGAGAUUCGUAAGGACAAAGCGAGUAGAGGGAAGCACAAGUCGCCGAAACUUGGAAUACCGGGCCACGGCCGUUUUAAGCAGAUUCGAUGUAGUAUCCUCUAGAAGUCGACUGAUUUGUUAAUAUCUAAAAAGAGCGAGCUUUGCUUUGCCAUUGAUCAUCCGAUCGUUUUUCAUAAGAAGUGUGAUAGUGUACGAGCAACUGUUUUGUUGCAAAUGUAAAACGUUCGCUGUUUAAAAAUAAUGCUUUAAAAAAUUUUUGAUAUUUCUUACAGUUUAGGGAACUUUUAUUUUGAAUUACUUUUUAAAUUCGAGUGCAUAUAUACAGAAGUUAUAAAUCGGAACUGCCUUGACUUAAAUUAUUUGUGCUUUAAAAGUGUAAAUCAGGGUUUAUUUUGUUUUAUUGUGGUGCAGGGACAACUUUAUGAAAUUGUUGGUCUGCCGGAUAAAAUACAUACCUUAGUAUGUAACUAAAAAUACUUAACUUU